AUGGAUUCAGGAGAAAGCAGUCCUGAGAAGCAAAACAACCAGCAGACCCAUGCUGAGCUGUUGCAAGCCUUUCAGAGCUUCAAGCCAGCGCGUGGUGGUGGUCCGUCAAAGACCCCUCAGCCACCCUCGACAUCUAGGGCUCAGCGUUCUAGCACUCCCGCCCCUAAUGCCGGUCAGGCCAUGAGAGCAGGAAUGACUGCAUUCGAGCAAUCCCCCAGUACCGCACCAUCCACUCAGGAGACUACAACUACAAGGACUCGCAAACGAACUCGCAAAACUCCAUACACAGAGCAGACCGAAGAGAACGAGUCUAGCGAAAGUGAAACUUCAUUGUUUCAAGUGUCCAAACGCCCUCGUCAGACCCCAGCAAAGACCUCACAGAAGCAAGUAGACGCGUCUACCACCAAGCAAGCCAGCAUUAGUCCCAUGCACCGCGUUGAAGUUCAGAUUCAUAACGGUCUUGCAAGUGUGAAACAAGCAAAGGACAGAAGUCGUCAGCACAUCGAAUCCAGGAUUCAGCAAGAGCACGCUCGGGCUUCGAUGACUCCAGAGAUUGCAGCUAGUAGUAUCGACGGCACUCAGUAUCAGAAUUCCGCUAACAUUCUUGCGCCCCAAGGUGCACAGAGUAGCAAUGCCUUUGCCACUCAGUUGCUCAACGAAAACCAGAACCAUAGACUAACCGUAUCCCCUGUCCAGACAUUCGCACAAUUUCUCACUCAGAAAAACGGCAUCUUCCUGCGUAGCGUCCCGCUUGCUGCAAGCUCACAUCUAGAAGCGAAGCUCGCGAAAGUGACUGAUGAGAUGACUCGUUUACAUAAGGAAAAAGUCGAUGCUAUCCGCUUGGAGUAUGUGGCUGAGCUUCAGAGGGAUAUGAAUGAGCGGCAGAAGGUCAUUGAUAUGUUGUUGCAAAAGGCUGAUGGUUGA